CAAUAUCAUAUCAACAUCCCUGCUGCCUGUGGACAUCGUGAAUCAAAACAAACGCUAAACAAACAAAAAUUGUUCAAAGAAACAAAUAAUAAUACAAUAUUUCAUUGCAAAAUAAACAAUUAUGACUGAAUUUAACGCUGAAGCGGGUGGUCGUCUCAAAGGCGUGACCAUUGUGAAGCCCAUUGUGUACGGCAACAUUGCGCGCUCUUUCGGCAAAAAGCGGGAGGAAGACGGACAUACACAUCAAUGGAAAGUGUAUCUAAAGCCGUACUAUAAUGAGGAUAUGUCCAUAUAUGUAAAGAAGGUACACUUUAAACUGCACGAGAGCUAUGCAAACCCGAAUCGCAUUGUGGUUAAGCCGCCCUAUGAAAUCACAGAGACUGGCUGGGGUGAAUUCGAAGUGGUCAUCAAGAUUUACUUUAACGACCAGUCGGAGAGGCCUGUUACAUGCUAUCACAUUUUAAAGCUCUUUCAAUCACCUGUUGUGGACGGUGAACUGACAUCUUCCUCCACCACCAUGGAUACGAAAAAAGGCCUGGUCUCAGAGUCAUACGAGGAAAUCGUUUUUCAAGAGCCUACACAAAUAAUGCAACACUAUUUGAUGCUGUCGGAACAGAGUGCCAAUGGAUUGCUUAACCACGACACGGAUUUUGAGGAAAAGAAGAGUAAAACAUUGGACAACAUUGUGAAUGUUAAACAAAAGGUUAAAAGUGAGAUUGUUACUCUGAAAGAUAAACUGAAGUUGGCCCGCGAAACUAUUGUUAAGUUCAAAGCAGAGCUGGCUAAAGUGCAAAAGCCGCCAGCUUAGUGCAUCACACUUAAAUAGCAUUUUAACUAAUGUUUGUUUUAAGUAUGAUUAAUAAAUUAGAUUGUAUAAAAAAUUGGAAA